GUGAUUCGUAUGUUCCGACAAUGCGGCGACUUGGAAUCAUCACUCUCACCAAUUCCGCCGCCGCCGUCGUAACUCCGACGCUACUCUCUGCAACGGCGGUUUUCCCCGGAACCCUAACUCUACCUUCUCCACCCUUCCGCAACCACCGUCUUACCAAUUCAAUUCGUUUCCUCGAAUCCCGAAGCCUCUCCUUCUCUUGUUUCUCUUCUUCUUCGGCAGCUUAUCUUCCUUCACUAGAAGAGUUCCCAUCAACUAAAGGUUCUGUGGUGAGAGAUGAUAAUCAAAAGGUGAUCUUGAAGGGUAUGACUUAUUCUGCUCUCGAAGAAUGGGUUCAAUCUCAUGGGUUUAGACCAGGACAGGCUUUGAUGCUGUGGAAGAGAUUAUACAAGGACAAUAUAUGGGCAAAUGAUGUUGAUGAGCUUGAAGGUUUGAACAAAGAUCUCAAGAGAAUGAUUAGUGAACAUGCUGUGUUUGGUGCAUUAUCUUUUAAGGAUAUUCGUUCGGCUUCAGAUGGAACUAGGAAGAUUCUGUUUACGUUGGAUGAUGGACUUGUGAUUGAGACAGUUGUUAUACCUUGUGAUCGAGGCAGGACAACAGUUUGUGUUUCGAGUCAAGUAGGUUGUGCCAUGAAUUGUCAGUUCUGCUACACUGGCAGGAUGGGCUUGAAGAGAAAUCUCACUACUGCUGAAAUAGUUGAGCAGGCUGUCUAUGCCAGGCGAUUGCUUUCCCAUGAAGUUGGAUCAAUAACAAAUGUUGUCUUUAUGGGAAUGGGAGAGCCAUUUCACAAUAUUGACAAUGUCAUCAAAGCUGCUAACAUAAUGGUCGAUGAACAUGGACUUCAUUUCAGUCCCCGUAAGGUCACUGUCUCUACCAGUGGGCUUGUUCCUCAGCUGAAGCGUUUUCUCCGUGAGUCAAACUGUGCUUUGGCAGUUAGUCUGAAUGCAACAACUGAUGAGGUCAGAAACUGGAUCAUGCCAAUCAACAGGAAAUACAAGUUGUCUUUGCUCCUUGAGACGCUCAGAGAAGAACUCAGCUCAAGGCAUAAGUACAAAGUGUUGUUUGAAUAUGUGAUGCUCGCAGGAGUGAAUGACAGCAUGGAUGAUGCAAGGAGGCUAGUGGAGCUUGUACAGGGGAUUCCAUGCAAGAUCAACCUUAUUCAAUUUAACCCACACAGUGGUUCUCAGUUCAUACAGACUGAUGAAGACAAGAUGAUAAAGUUUCGUAACAUUUUGGCUGAAGGUGGCUGCACAGUUCUCAUGCGGUUUAGCCGAGGCAACGAUCAAAUGGCUGCAUGUGGGCAGCUUGGCAUGCUUGGGGCGAUUCAGGCACCAGUGAUGCGGGUGCCUGAGCAGUUCCGCACUGCUCUAAGAGCACCAGUUUGAUUUGUUAAAUGUCGGAUGAGGGAAAAGAAAACAAAAUCUCCAUCGUGUUUGUAACGUAACUCUGAUUAGAUGCCAAUUUUUUUUUUCCUCAGGGGUUCCGUAACAAUGAGAUUUUGUUAAAAUAGGAAACUACAAUUAACGUUGAGAGGAACUUUUUUCGUUGUAAGUUCCUACCAAGGUGUUAUAAAUUGGGAAAACGAUCUCUGUCCCCCUAUUAACUUUCAUAUAGCACAA